UCUCGGUUAAGAUUGAAGUCAGAAAUCCUAGAUAAGCAAAUUUUGGUAGAAUCCCCCAUCGGCAAGUCAAUUAUUUUGGACAAAAUCUGUAAAUCUAUUCCCCUUAUGAUAGGCGAUAUUCCUAUAUUAGCUAAUUUAAUAGAAAUGAGUAUGGCGGGAUACGAUGUUAUUCUCGGAAUGGAUUGGCUUACUCGAAAUCAUGCGACGUUGGAUUGUUAUGCGAAGACAGUUACUUUUGCAGCGCCAGGAAGAGAACCAAUUAUGAUUCAGGGGAAGAAGAAGAAUGAGAAGAUCGAGCGUGUUAUGACAUUGAUUGGUAAUGAGAAACAAGAAAAAACAGUGGAUUUGAUUCCAGUUGUGCAGGAAUAUCCUGAAGUUUUUCAAGAUAUACCAGGACUACCACCUCGACGAGAAGUGGAUUUUGGUAUUAAUCUCUUACCAGGAUCGGCACCAAUAUUUAUGUCUCCAUAUCGAAUGACGCCUAUUGAAUUGAAGGAACUGAAGGAGCAGCUGGAAGAUUUGAGAUCAGGUUACCACCAAUUACGUGUUAAAGAAGAGGAUAUCUGUAAAACUGCUUUCAGAACACGUUAUGGUCAUUAUGAAUUCUUGGUCAUGCCGUUCGGGUUGACCAAUGCACCUGCAGUAUUUAUGGACCUGAUGAAUAGGGUAUUCCAGCUUUAUCUGGAUAACUUUAUCAUCGUGUUCAUUGAUGACAUUCUGAUUUACUCGAAGACCAGUGAAGAGCAUGAGCUACAUCUAAGGACGGCGUUGCAGACUCUAAAAGAUAACCAGUUAUAUGCUAAGUUUUCUAAGUGUGAGUUCUGGAAAGAGAGUGUUAAAUUUCUUGGGCAUAUUGUUUCAGAAAAAGGUAUUGCGGUUGACCCUAUGAAGAUCGAAGCUGUAGUGAAGUGGGAACAACCCACAAGUGUGUCAGAAGUUAGAAGCUUUCUUGGGCUCGCUGGGUAUUAUAGAAGGUUUAUUAAGGAUUUUUCGAAGAUUGUCGGACCGUUAACGAGUUUAACUCGAAAAGGAGUGCCCUUUAAGUGGACUGAAAAGUGUGAAGAAGCUUUUGCUGAAUUGAAGCAACUCUUAACCUCGACUCCCAUUCUAACCCUCCCGAAGGAUGGGUUGGUAUUUGAAGUUUACACUGAUGCAUCAACUAAAGGUCUAGGUUGUGUAUUAAUGCAAGGGGGCAAGGUGAUCGCAUAUGCAUCAAGGCAACUUAAACUCCAUGAGCAUAAUUAUCCAACUCAUGACCUAGAGUUGGGUGCUAUUGUAUUUGCAUUGAAGAUUUGGCGGCAUUACUUAUACGGCGAACAGUUCGAGCUUUAUACAGAUCACAAGAGUUUGAGGUAUCUAUUCUCUCAGAAGAACUUGAACAUGAGGCAGAGAAGAUGGAUGGAAUUUCUUAAGGAUUAUGAUUUCUCGUUGUCCUAUCAUCCGGCUAUGGGUACGACUACGGAUUACAGCACAACAUAUCAUCCACAAUCUAAUGGGCAAAUGGAACGUGUGAAUCAAAUAUUAGAAGAUCUGUUACGUGCAUGCGCUCUGGAUUUCAAGGGGAGCUGGGACGACAACAUACAUUAUGCUGAAUUCGCCUACAACAAUAGUUACCAAGCAAGCAUUGGUAUGGUUCCGUACGAAGUCUUGUAUGGACGUCCUUGCCGAGCACCAAACUGUUGGGCCGAGGUAGGUGAGAAAUGUUUAAUUGGGCCAGAUGUUGUUCAAGAAGUUGCUGAAACAGUUGAAAUUAUUCGAAAGCGACUACAAGCUGCUCAGAGUCGUCAAAAGAGCUACGCCGACAAUCGAAGACGAGAUCUAAAGUUCACAGUAGGAGACCACGUGUUUUUGAAGGUUUCUCCCAUGAAGGGAUUGAUGCGAUUUGGUACUAAGGGAAAACUCGCACCACGUUUUAUCGGACCAUUUGAAAUAUUAGAGCGGAUUGGAGCAGUGGCAUAUCGACUUGCAUUACCUCCUCAGUUGGCCAAUGUCCAUAAUGUUUUCCAUGUAUCGAUGCUACGAAAGUACAAGAGGGAUGAUUCUCAUGUGAUUGAAUGGCAAGAUCUCGAUUUACAAGAAAAUACAUCUUACGUGGAGAAACCAGUUCGAAUACUGGAUCGCAAGGAGCACGUGUUACGCACUAAGACGGUGCAUUUAGUCAAGGUUUUAUGGAGUCAUCAUGAAGAAGACGAAGCAUCUUGGGAGCAGGAAAGAGAAAUUCGUGAAAAAUAUCCUCAUAUCUUUGAGCAGUAA